AUGGAACCAGCAGGCUGCGACUGCGGCGGCGGCGCCGGCGCUGGCGGCUGGGGCUGCGAGAUGGACGGGUGCGAGGAGUGCGUGGCGUGGUGGAUGCAGCACUGCUACUGGAACCACGCGACCGGCGGCAGGAGGCAGUUCAUCGUCCGGGCCUCCGACGGCUUCAGGGACGGCGUGUGCAUACCGCAGGAGGCUGCAAGACAGCUGAGAAAUAUGCUUCCUGAAUCCGAGCCUAUCAAACUUGAAGCUCCGGAUGGCCACAUGUAUGAUGUUGAAUUUAGGAAGUUCGGCGGGAUAUGUCUUGCCACCGGUUGGCUGAAGUUUGUGGAUGCAAAUCACAUACAAGAAGGUGACUCCAUCCUGUUCGACUACUGUGGGGGCUCCAGCUUCAAGGUCCAUAUAUUCACUUCAUCGGCCGGUCAUGAGAGCUCUCAACAGCCUCCCGACAUCUUUACAGCCGUUCCUCCCAGCAGUCCUCUUGAUUGUGUGCUUAAUGAACAAGUGGGGCAUCAUCCUGUAAAUUUUCAGAGGUCAACCGAGUUUGGCUAUACCACAUUCCCCGGGACCUGUGUAACCCAAGCACAAGAGAAGAAAGUGUUAGAACUAGCUGAGAACAGCAUGCGGUCUGAAUUUCCUCUGCAUGUGGCAGCUGUGAACAAAAGAAAUACCAACGAGGACUGCUAUGUUUACAUACCGUUGAGGCUUUUGGAUAAUUUCACAGAGGAGAUAACCAUUCAGCUCGAAACCCAUGGGAACAACACACUAUACAGUGUUGGCGCAAGCAAGCACAGUGAUGAUCAAAUAAUCCUCCAAUCUGGGUUGAAUAUUUUUGUAGCUUCUCACCACAUACAGGAGAAUGAUCUCAUCAUCUUCAGAAGCAAGGGGAAAGACCGUCUUGACAUUCUUGUCCUUGACCCAAGCGGUUGUGAGAAAGCUUCAUGUUUUGCCAUGGGAGACUCUUCCAAUCUCCGAGAAGUGCGUGAAGAUUCGGUUGAGAUUGUUGAUAAAGAACAACCACCACCUACAGUUAUUGACCUGAGUUCCGAUGAUGAUGAAGUCAUGGGAGAAGACAUGAGAAAAUCAUGCAGGAGCCAGAAGGCGGUACCAGCUCACAAGACGCAUGACCGAGCAUCUGGGAACCUUGAAGUCGGCGUUGGACCUUCGCAGCGUCCCUAUAUUCUCUCCCUGGGGGUGACUCUUCCUAAGCAAGUGGAGAAGAAAGUCGAGGAGAAAGUGCAAUCUAUUCUGUCUGAGCUUCCUAUCUUUGUGAAAGUGAUGACCAUAAGUUGUAUUGAUGGCGUUGGCAGCUAUGGAUGUGCUCUGAGCUUCUGCCAGGAGUACAUUUGUGCAUCCCUCCGGGGCAGAAAAGGAACCCUCUUUCUUCAGCUAGAGGGCAGGGAGAGGAAGUGGCGUACCAAUUUGAGUGUCGGGGGGAAGUCGCUUACGAGCGGGUGGAAGGAAUUCGCCACAGACAACAACCUGGAGGUGGGGGAUGUCUGCCUCUUCCAAAUGCAAAAGGGCAUCACCCGGAGCCAUACCAUGACGGUCUAUUUGAUCCGCAAGUGGGAAACAGAGCUGUAG